GUUAUUCCUGUUCUUCUUGAGGGCCGCCUUAUUGGCUGGGCAGCCACUGAAUCAGAUGCGAAGCGGAUUGCUAUGGAUUUGCGUUUGAUGAAGACCGAUCCUAAUGAGAAACGUGUACCAAGUAAUCUGGAAAUCAUCUAUGUGGCUCCAACAGAGGCUGCAUCGCAGUUCCCUGGCCUUUUUCUCUUUGUUGGCAGCUCUCGACUACUCCGUCCCGUUUACCUCUUGGUUUCUGAAAUGGCAGCAUCACCUUCAGACACGAAUCUUGGCGCAGAUGGUUUCUUUCGUCGCCUUGAGUGGCUCAGUACCUUUGAGCAGGCCUAUUUGCAUGUAGCCGUCACGGAGGCGGAAGUCGCUCUUCAACCCAUUGACCAACGCAGCCAUCUUGAGAUAGCACCCGAGGCGAUCUUUAGUUUUGUUGCCGGUCUCACUCCUUAUCCCGAUUUUAAUCAAGUACUUCUUUAG